CCACGAACAGGAGCAACAGAGGGUCAAUCUCCAUGACGACAGGAUGCCGUCGUUCAGCUGCCAGAGAUGCAAGCAGCCAAUUCACCUUCCCGCAUCGCUCUCGGACGAUGCGGCGAUGGGCGGUGCGCUGACGCAGUCAGCCUACGAUGUCAUACAAGCUGAGUCGGUGCUGGUCCGUCGGCCAAAGGCAGCUGCGCCCUCGGAGCUCGCACCAACGAAGGAGUCCGACGAGGUCCGGCCGACAAAGACAGAGGAAGACCGGGAGCGUGAUCCUCAGCACGAGCAGGGAACCCUUUCCUCUCGUGUUGCCAUCACGACGUCGCUGUUCGAUUUGCUGUCUUCGACGGUGCCUGCGCCCCUACAGUCGUCUUCCUCAUCUGACUCCCCUGCUUCGUCGGACUCUUCUUCGCCUCGCCACUCGCGGAGGCACAACCACACGGCGGCACUAGCGGCAAUCGACCACCCACUGUGCAAAGAAUGCACCGACAUUCUCGUCGACAUUAUCAACUCCCAGCUCGGGGAGCUUCGACGUGAGCGAGACGCCUACCUCGCCUUUGAAGAUGAGAUCAACAAUGCUCCUCGGCGCUCACUGUCGAACUCGCGAGAAGAGCAGCAGCAGCAGCAACAACAACAACAACAGGGAGAAGCAGAUGAAGAGUCGCGAGGGGCCGAAGAGGAUACGCAAGCUAUCCGCAGCGAGAUUGAGCGUCUGGCCCAUGUCGCCGACGAGACUCGUCGAGAGCUGAGCCGCGCGCAGGAGGAGCGCCGCAAGGUCGAUGCCGAGCUAUCGCAGCUGGAUGAGGAGGAGCGCAAGCUCGAGGAGGAAGAGCGCGCGUUCUGGCUGUCCUACUCUGACUUGACGCUGCAGAUGAACAGCGUUGCAACGCAGCGGGCCAGCCUCGAGACGACGCUCGAGCACGACACGGCGCUGCUCAAGCGCCUUCAAAGGACCAACGUCUACAAGGACGCCUUCUGCAUCGGCCACGAAGCAGGGUUUGCAACGAUCAACGGUCUCAGACUUGGCAGGCUGCCCAGCCCGGCGAAACCUGUCGAGUGGGCCGAGAUCAAUGCGGCUUGGGGCCAGACAGCCCUGUGCCUGAGCACGCUUGCCCGCAAGUGCAACUUUACCUUUCAAGACUACAAGAUCUGCCCAAAAGGCUCCUUCAGCACUGUCGAAAAGGUACCCGCACAGGGCAACACAGCCUCGGGUGCUGCCACCGCCACUGCGGCCGCCGAGGUGUACGAGUUGUAUGGCUCCGACUCGGCCAUGACGCGUUUUCUCCAGCUCCACUCGCGCCGCUUCGACCACGCCAUGGUCGCCUUUCUCGACUGCGUCCGCCAGCUCGCCGACCACGUCGCCGCGACCUCCGCCAGAGCGGAGGCCGGCGACGGUGGUGAGUUUCGGCUCGCGCACGAGAUCAACAAGGAUAAGAUCGGCGGCGCGUCGAUCCGGCUCCACUUUGGGGCUUCGGACGAGGUGUGGACGAGGGCGCUCAGGCACCUCUUGCUCAAUCUCAGCCUCCUCCUCAACUGGAUCACAGGCAAAGACGACGAUGAUGUUGAUGAAGGACGUGAACGAGUGUAG